AAAAAUUGCUCAUAGUUUCAAUCAUUAAAAUUUAAACCAAUACUCAAUCCCACAAAUAUUUUCGCAGUAACAAAAUCAUCAAACUAUCUCAUUCUUUGGAGAAGAAGUACGAGUGUAAAAUUUGUAUGAAACGCUUUUCAUUCCAACAGACUUUAAAAAAUCACAUUUUCACACACACGGGUGAAAAACGGUUCACAUGUGAUUUGUGUCAGCCACCAGUAUCAUUCCGACAAAUUGGCCAUCUUCAAGAUCCAGGUCACAAAUUGGCGAUUCACUCCAGCGUUAAACCACAUUCGUGUCCAACAUGUGGUAAAGCCUUCGCGCUCCGUGGCAAUUUAACGGUUCAUAUGCGUACACAUACCAGUGUAAAACCAUUCGAAUGUAAUAUUUGUCAGAAGAAGUUUCACGAUAGCGGCGGAUUAAAACGGCAUCACCUGACGCAUCAGCGUGGAAACGAAACCAAUCCAAACAUCGAUCAAAUUCUCAGUGCACAAAUCAUUGAAGCGCCAGCGACUGAAACGGCAAUUAUUGAACAACCGCCUUUCGAAAAUGUGACAAACGUAUUCCAUGUCAAUCAGACGGAUGUGAUGCACUUUGUUCCACCGUCUCAAAUUAUUGGUGAUAAUUCACAGGGCAUCUUUAAAACGCAGUGAUUUGAUUGAUAAUAACAUUUUGUACCUUCAAUAUUUAUUGAUGUUGAUUUUUUCUAUUGACAUUUUUUUUCCAUUGAAAAUUUUUUGUGAGGAAAAUAAA